AUGCGGAGAGCAAUAUUUCUGCUGUUCAUCCUCUUGUUGGGGGUGGCCAUAGCUUGCCCCUGGGCGUGCUCGUGCCGACCAAACGCUGCCGAUUGUGCACAUAGAGCUUUACUGCAUGCUCCACGACGACUGCCUACAGAUUCUCAUCGGCUAGACCUUCAAGGCAACAACAUCAGUAUAAUAUUUCAGAGCGACUUCCAGAAUUUGAAGGAAUUGAAAAUUUUACAAUUAUCCGAAAACCAGAUCCACACGAUCGAGAGAGACGCCUUCUUAGAGCUGAAUUCACUCGAACGUUUAGACCUCAGUCGCAACGAGCUUACAGCGAUCAGUAGAAGAACUUUCCGUGGUCUGACUGCAUUGAAAAGUUUGCACUUAGAUGGCAACCAACUCAAGUGUAUAGAUGAAAAAGCUUUGGAGAACCUGAAGAGUUUGGAAGUUUUAACACUUAAUAAUAACAACCUAACUUACUUAUCGCUGGAAGCUGCGUCUGUCGCUCGCCUGCACACACUGCGACUGACCGACAAUCCGAUCGUGUGCGACUGUCGCGUCGCACGUCUGUCGGCGUCCGUCCGGGCUGCUGGUAUACAGGGUGUUGGGGCAAGAUGUCAAGCCCCUGCUACACUAAGAGGAGCGCUGCUGACAGAGCUGGAAGCCCAUGAACUAACAUGUACAGGUCCCACAACAGCUAUAACAACAGAAUGCUCUGCAGAGCCGCGUUGUCCACCACCCUGUAGAUGCUCUCCCGACGGCACUGUUGACUGUAGGGAGAAACUACUCACUGAACUACCGUCUACCAUUCCGCACAGAGCUACAGAAAUACGUUUAGAACAGAACGAGAUAACAGAAGUGGGCGCGGGCGCGUUUUCAGCUGUGAAAAGAGUGGCGCGAAUCGAUCUGUCAAAUAAUAAAAUAAUCAAAAUGGCCGCCGAUGCGUUUAAUGGACUAAUUCAUUUAACAUCAUUAGUUCUCUACGGAAACAAAAUAAAAGAUCUACCGUCUGGAAUAUUCCAUGGCUUAACGUCAUUGCAGCUUCUGUUAUUAAACUCCAACGAAAUAACAUGCGUCCGGAAAGAUACUUUUAGAGAUCUACAAAGCCUAAAACUACUAUCCUUGUAUGAUAACAAUAUAAGGACAUUACAAAACAGCACCUUCGACUCCCUCACUGGCAUUCAAACUUUACAUCUAGGCAGAAACCCCUUCUCCUGUGACUGCUCUCUAAGAUGGCUGGCGGCGUAUUUAAGAAAAAAUCCCAUAGAAACAUCCGGAGCAAAAUGUGACUCCCCCAAACGAAUGAACCGUAAAAGAAUCGACGCAUUGCGAGAAGAAAACUUUAAAUGUAAACGUAAGUUU